UUGCUCCGCAUUUCAAUUGCUCUGUUGCCUUUCAAUCAAGCAAGAAGCUGAGGAUCUGCAAGCGAAUCGGAGUUGUGCUGUCAUCAUGAACCCCUUGCUGUUGUUUGACUUCAUUUGCAUUUUCCUGUUCUCCAAAGCAUCAGCAUUGUGGAGCAUUCAAGAAUUACAUGUCAACCAGGAAACCAUUGAGAAAAUUUCAGCAGCUGGCCAGUUAAUGAAUUGUUCCGCCCCAGUGGAUAUUUUGUUUCUGUUAGAUGGAUCCUAUAGCAUUGGCAAAGGAAGCUUUGAAAGGUCAAAACACGUAGCCAUCAAGCUGUGUGAUGCUUUGGACAUCAGUCCUGAGAAGAUUAGAGUGGCAGUAAUCCAGUUCAGCAGCACUCCGCACUUAGAAUUCGCCUUGGAUGCAUAUUUCUCCAAACGAGAGAUAAAAGACAAACUUAAGAAGAUUGUGUUCAAAGGUGGGAGAACAGAAACAGGACUUGCUCUGAAAUAUGUUCUUCGGAAAGGAUUCCGUGGGGGCCGAAACUCAACAGUACCCCAAAUUCUUAUCAUCCUAACUGAUGGGAGAUCGCAGGGCAGUGUGGCAAUACCAGCUAAGCAGCUAAAAGAAAGGGGUGUCAUCGUGUUUGCCGUGGGAGUCAGCUUUCCAAGAUGGGAAGAACUGCAUGCCCUAGCCAGUGAGCCAGUGGAAUGGCACUUGCUCUUUGCUGAAGACAUUGAUGAUGCCUCCAAUGGCCUCUAUACCACCCUUAUGAGCUCUUCAAUCUGCAGUGCUGCAUUUCUGGGUAAUCCCGAAGCAGGCUGCAGGGCUGACUCUUACCCCUGUGAGCGCAAAACACUGGAGAGAGCAAAAGAGCUGGUUGGAAACUACUUCUGCUGGAAAGGAUCAAAGAGCAAUAAUGUCGUUCACACAUCACUCUGCCCUUUUUACAAUUGGAGGAACACUUUUAUCAAAUAUCCAUCCAGAUGUUACCGAACCACAUGCCCAGAUCCUUGCGAUUCCCACCCUUGCCAGAAUGGAGGCACGUGCAUUCAGCAGGAAUUAGAAGGAUACCACUGUGUCUGCCCAGUUGGAUUUGGAGGAGAUGCCAAUUGUGCACCUAAGCUGAGCCUAGAAUGCAGUGUGAAUCUUCUUUUUCUUGUGGACAGUUCAUCCAGCACCUCUCUUGAAGGAUUCUUGCGCUAUAAAGCUUUCCUGAAAAGGUUUCUUGAAGCAGUGUGGAGUAGGGACACUCCUGGAAAUGUGGGUGUGGCCCAGUAUAGCAGUGAUGUCAAGCUGGUUGUCAGAGUUGGGGACUUCAGUGACGUACUUAGUCUGGUGAAGGGUGUUGAUUCCAUGCAGUUCAUUGGAGGGAGCACCUUGACUGGCAAAGCUUUAUGGUAUAUCGUGCAACAUGGCUUUAAGAAUGUUCCAGUCUUUGCUGAUGUUCCUGAUGAGCUCCCACAUGUGGUCGUCUUGCUCACAGAUUCAAGUGCUCAGGAUUCAGUGGUGGAAGCAGCAAAAUACACCAGAGGCCAAGAUAUCUUCCUCAUUGGAAUAGGCAGUGAAUUUUUGAAAGCAGAACUAGAUGAAAUUACGGGCAAUCCAAAGCAGACAAUCAUCUAUUCAACACCACAAGAUCUGUUCAAGAAGAUCCCUGAACUACAGGAAAAGAUCUGCAGCAUAGACAGCUUAGGUUGCCCAUCUCAGUCCGUUGAUUUGGUGUUUGCUCUGGAUUCCUCGGCUUCUGUUGGGAGGGAGAACUUUGUCCAGCUGAAACACUUUGUCAGCAGCCUCUCUCUCCAGUUUGAUAUCAAUAGGGACGUGACCCAGAUAGGCCUUGUUGUCUAUGGCAAAAGGCCCCGUACUAUCUUUAACCUGGACACCCAUGUUUCUAGUUCAGCUCUCCAUGAAGCCAUCAGCCAAGCCCCAUUUGGGGGUGGCUCUGCUUCACUUGGCAGCUCCUUGCUACAUAUUCAUGAUGAUGUCAUGACUGUCCAAAAGGGAGCGAGGCCAGGUGUGAAGAAGAUUGUGGUGGUGGUCACAGGUGGGACUGGAGUGGAAGAUGCCAUAGUCCCUGCUCAACAACUGCGUAACAAUGACAUAUCAUUGUUUGUGAUUGGGAUGGGACAGCUCCAGAUGGGAUCAUUGCCGAGGAUUGCAGGCUCUCAUGACAACUUGCUGAGGAUUUCCUCUUAUGAAGAUCUAAAAAAUAAUGAAGAUCUUAUCAUUGAAAAAAUAUGUGACGAGGCGAAAAGGCCAGUGAACCUCUGCAAACCUAACCCCUGCAUGAACGAUGGAGUGUGUGUUCCUAGAAAUGGCAGCUACCAGUGUCGAUGUCAAGGCUGGGAAGGUCCUCACUGUGAAAACAGAAUUCAGAGAGGUGACACUUCACCAUCACAGAUGCAUUCAGCAAGGCCCCCUGCUCAACGAAAUCGACGUGGUUGGUGGCAGCUGUAUGGAGCUCACCAGCAUUCAAAAAGGCACAUUCAACAGAAUCACUGAGGAGGUCAAAUGUACUGCUAGCGUCUGUUAUUAAAAGGACUAUAAACAUAGGCAAUGCUUGCAAGCAGUAAUGCUGUUUCAAAGCACAAGAUUUUGCACAGAAUCAUUUCCUGGUACACCAAAAGGUUACCAAUAUCUAGCAUAUUGCUUAUGUUAAAUAUUUAUUAUUGACAUAUUGACACUUUCAUGGUAAGUUUGGCUGGUCUUUCACAUACUGAGUUUCAUAGCUUUGAGGACUUUAUUUCUUUUACUGCAUAGGGAAUUUAAGCAAAAGGAGGUAUAAUUUUAAAGUUCAAAUCAAACCAACAAAAUUACUAAUUAGGGGAAGGUUUAUGUUGUAGGCUGCUCAGAUCAGUCCUUGUCUAACUAGAUGUUAUCUUGGCCAACUGAUCAUUUGGCAGAUAUAGGGGUUCCAGUCAGUGUUCUCUCGAAGAGGGAUUCCCAGAUGUUGACUACAACUCCCAGAAUCCCCAAGCAAAAGCCAUUGCAGCUGAGGGUUCUGGGAGUUGUAGUCAACAACAUCUGGAAAUCCCUCUUAGAGGGAACACUGGUUCCAGUGUGCCUGGUGUUUCCUUGCCCAUACAGGAAAGCCUAAUUAAUUGCAAAUUCACAAUCCACGGUUUCACGUAUCCAUGGUGAGGUAAUAGACACCCAACCUUGGUAUAUUUGAAAAAAGGGUUAAAUCUGUGGAUUGGGGGGUAACCUUGGAGGUCAUUUCCAGCUGCCAUUUUGAGAUUGGGAGCCAUUUUAUGGCUCCCUUUGCAAAAAAAGAAAAUGGGAGAAAAGCUGUGAUUUUUGGCCGAUUUAUUACUCUUGGGGUGCACUGCUGGACUGCUGGGGACCUGCAGAGCAUGGUAGGCCACUCUCUAUCCCCCCCUGCAUUUCUAGGGCCUUUCACCCCAUUUUUCAGACAUUUUCACAAUCUCCGGGAACCUAAUCCCUGGAUUUCCACAGCUCCAAUAACUCAAUGUUUACGAUUUCCAUAUCCACGAUAGUAGCGGAGAAUGGAACCCUUGCGAUUACUGAGGUUCUCCUGUACAAGUAUGUCUUCUUACAUUUCAAUAGAAUAGGCCACUCUGUGGAUGUACUCAUGUAUUCACUGUGAUGUUUCUCCACCACAUUGAAAUAAAUUGGGUAGUCUGCUUGUGCAGCACCCAUGUGUGCAUGUUGAGGCACACAUGGGGCUUCUGGAACCAGUUCCUCCCUUCCCUUUUAUUGCAAUAAGGUUACAGUGUAUAAAUAUGAUCAAAGAUAAUAAUAAUAAUACAUGUGAAUAUAACGGGUCAUGGGAGAAAGAAAAAUCCCUUAAACAUAGCUUAAACAUAAUAAGGUACAAUCUAAGCAGGAGGAAAUGGAGAGUGGGAUUUUCUUCAAGGAUAUAUAUCUUAUAUUUCAAAGCAUAAACCAUUCAUUAAAGUUCAACCAAAUAGCUGAAAAUUCCUCUUCUUUACCUUGCCGAUGGGAAUAAACCAGUUCAAAUGCUGACAGGGGACACAUAUCAGUAAUCCAAAAUUGCAAUUGGAGUACAUUUGUCCUUCCGGUAUUGUAUUAUAAUCCUUUUGGCAACAUCCCACUUGCAAAGAAUCCAGAAUUUUGAUGUAGUGCUAAGUUCCAUAUGCUGGGGAUAUGUACCAUAUGUAUGUUCCAUAUGUACUCCAACAAAACAUGAACGUACGUAUAACUGCAAUGUCAUAUUAACUACCUUAUGAAUUUCAAGACUUCUGGAGCCAAAUGUAUGAAUUGGUAAUAAAUGGAUCAGGUUUGCUGAUGGACUUGUGACAUUUUAUAUCCAUUUUAAAUGUCUGGAUUUCACUAGCCCUAUUCACAUGUUAUGUUUAAUGCAGAUAGAGUGUACACAUGUACAGAUCUGUACACAUGCGUGGUUUUUCAGACAUGUUCCGAGCAUGUACAAUAGUAUGCUUCUUAUCGGUCAUUUGAGGGGGCCUGCAUCCACAUUAGCUUUUAAAAUAAACACAUGUACAGUCCACACAAAAUAUGUACAUAUGUAUAGACACCUGUAUGUAUGUAUAACAUAAUGUCUGAGUAAGGCUACUGGAUGCCAGCACCUAAUGGCGCAGUGGGAAAUGACUAGCAAGCCAGGGGUUGCCAGUUUGAAUCUCCACUGGUAUGUUUCCCAAACAAUGGGAAACACCUAUAUCAGGCAGCAGUGAUAUAGGAAGAUGCUGAAAGGCAUCAUCUCGUACUGCACAUGAGAUGGCAAUGGUAAACCCCUCUUGUAUUCUACCAAAGACAACCACAGGGCUCUCUGGUCGCCAAGAGUCGACACCGACUCGACGGCACACUUUACCUUUAGGGCUACUAGAGAUUAAACAGGCCUGCUCAACUUUGGCCCUCCUGUAGAUGUUGGCCUACAAUCCCCAUAAUUCCUGGCUAUUGGCUGCUGUGUCUGAGAAUUAUGGGAGUUGUAGUCCAAAAACAGUUGGGGGGCCUAAGUUGAGCAGGCCUGGUACAGUAUAACCUUUCCCCAGUAUUUGGUUAUUUUGUAUCCCAGAACAAAUCGCACUCUCUCCUUCUGUCACAUCAAAUCCUAAAAAUUGAGACCAAAUAUUUGAGACCAAAUAUGCCAUUGCCUUGUGUCUGAAAUAGAUCAAAGAGCAUGGUUUACUAACUUAGUCAUUGCAUUUGGUCUGUAGAUCUCCUAACUCAUGUGAGUUGUGGGGGGCUGUGUUGCUCUUAUUUUUACUCUUUGUAUAGCACAGAGAGUAUAAGUAUUUCAGCAGCCAUUAUCAUCACAAUGAUCGCUCCAAAAUUGAGUGGACUGUGACUAGGAUGGUAGAGGGGAAGAUCUAGCUUGAUCAUUAUGAAGAUUUUGGUUGCUAAGGGUGGGAGGAGGUGAGCCUCCAUUAAUCCUAGUGCAUCAGUUCCUCUAAACAUUGGAAGUUCCAUAUGGUAAAUAACUAUUAAUAGACCAAAUGUCCAUGGAUUUGUCAUGAAUUUAAGCCCUCUGUGCUGGUGGCUGUUAUAACAUCCUCUAGCAAUAUAUUCUAUAAGUUGACUGUGAAGUGUGUGAAGAUGUAGAAGGCAAACUAGAACAGCUCCCUCACUUCAGAAAUUGCUACCUAUGGUUCUGACAGCAACCUGUGGCCUUGUGUUGUGUCAUCAUUGAACACUUUCAGUGUACAAAUUAUGAUGCUGUUGGGGAUGUGCACGAAUCGUGAUUUGAAGACCACACAAAUGCAGAAGCCCUGUGUGUGCUGCUGUCACAUGAGGGCAGCUGGGGAGAGUGCCACUGGCAUGCUAUGGCAGCUGGGGGGGGGCAUACCACCCAAACAGGAAGCUGCGGGUGAGUGGAGGAGAAGCAGGUAUGGACUUGCUUGCCUCCCUUGGAAUGUGUUGUGAAACGCUCUUUGAAUCGCAGUUUGUGCACAUCCCUCGAAGCUGUGCCAUGCACCGUUCUUUUCUGUAUUGUUCUUUGCUCACUUUCUUUAGUUCCAUGUUCAGCGUGUGGAAGAAAAAGGACUUCUGUAACAUCAGUUUUGUGAGUUAUGCCUGAUAAGUCACUCCUCGUUGUUCUAAAGCACAGCAUAGCAAGUCACGUUGCAAUAUUUAAUAAAUGUUUGACUUUCUA